CUCUACUCUUCUCGCAAUUCCACAGUUUUCUCAGGAAUGGCCACCGUUAACGAUAUUUCCGAUACGGUCUUGAGGAGGAUACUAUUACACUUGAUUAGCGGCUCAUUUGCCUGUGAUAUCUUGUAUACAUGUAUCCACCCGGUAGACCCUUCUCCGGCCCAGGUCUGCAGCCGAUGGAGAAGAAUAUUGCUACCGUAUCUAUACUCGCACGCAUACCUUGGCCUCUUUACUAAAGAUGAAGACAGCAGAGAUUAUCCACUCAGCAUUGCAGACCUCAAUGUCUGCUCCAAUAUCAACCUGACAGUGGAAAACGGCUUUUCGCACUUGGUUACCAACAUUCACUUGUAUGGAUUUAGUCUAUACCUGUGCGAUUUUGAUCUUAUUGAGCUACUACGCAGACAGCAAUUCGAUAAAGCAGAGUGGCUGUCAGUCACUAACCUCGUUGUCAAAGACUAUCAAGGUCCUCUUUAUGCUGAUACUGGAACCAAAAACUUCAACAUUGAAAGGAAUACGUCCGAAUCGGCACAUCUUUAUACUCAUCUACCCCAACUAUCGUCGGUAUCGUUCAACACAAGUGGGAUUGGAUUCCCAUCAUGCCCUAUAUCUCCUCUGAUCAACCAGGCGUUAUACCGAAUCGAACAUCUGAGUAUUGAAGGGACCCCGGUUGAGUUCACACAAAAGUACUUCUCAGCGUGCCUUACACAUCUUGAGCUUAGCAUGGGUGGGAAAAACUGCAAGCUUCCUAGAAUCUAUCCCCCUGCUCUCAAAGUCUUGAUUCUACGGGAUUUGUCUUUGGAUUUUACAUUGAGCUUUACCGAUCCAGACUCCAGGAGCUCGCUGAUAUUCCCUGAGCUAAAUACACUUGAGGUCAGCUUUACUGACCUUAGUUAUGCGGAGUUUGAGCCCGCUUCUGAUGACGGCAUGAUACUCCCGCCUGUAGCUGGAACAAAAGGGGUUUAUGCUCCGAAACUGAAGAAUUUGCGACUCCAGAAUCUACCAUCACUUGUUCCCACAUUUGAUAGUUCAUGCUUGUGCCCUGCCCUCGAGUCUGUUGAACUCAGUGGCUGGCUCGAUGCGCUUCGCGGCAUCGCUACACAUCUACUGAAUUGCAAAUCGGUAGAUAUUGCUCUACUAGAUAACUUUGCGCAGGAAGUUACGGAGGAAAAGUACAACACCUACACCCAAUCCAUGUUAAGCCAGGCUUCAGUGGCUACGUCUGCCAAGUUUAGAUCCAAACUCCCUUUUAAUCUUUUUAUUGACUCUGUCCGGUGGACCAACCUCAGGCAUUUGGAGCUGUACACAUUUAUUACCUGUGGCUCACUCAACCGCCUGAUGUCUCAGCUUCCACUUUUGGAAUAUUUUUGUUUGCAGUCUAUCGCUCGAGAUGAUGAGUUGGAUCAGGCAAAUGGGUUUCCAGAUACCACACCACAUUUCCCAUCCUGUCGCUCCUUCAGUACAUACAUGCGAACGGUGAGGGCUUUUGCAGGUGUCUUCAAGUACAAUGCGGAUGAUAUGGACCAGAUCGGCUUCGAAUUCAUUGGUGCUUUUCCAUCGCUUCAGGAGGUUCAGGUUCCAGUCUCUUUCCAUCAGGAAAUACAAAGUCAUAUCGAAACCACCUUUGCACAACUCUACCCUCAUCUCUCACUUCUGAAACUCGCUGGUCUAUCAUAUAAUCGAUAGCACAAGGCAGCAUCUUGCUUGACCGAUCAGGAUCUCUCUCUCUCUCUCUCUCUCUCUCUCUUUCGUUCCUGUUUUCUUUUAUUCCUAUCUUCCAGCAAUAAACACACUGGCC